CUGUGUCUUUAAAUGCUGAUGUGUUGUGUUUGCAGCUUAUAAAAUAAGCUGCUGCCAGGCUGUAAACCAGUUCAACAAGUUGUAAACUUAUAAACUCAAUCUCACCUUUCUUCACUCACUUCCUUAAAGGUUUUUAAUACAAAGGUUCAAAUCUUUACAGCGACAGGACUCCAGUUAUAUUUUGGAUGUGCUGAUUUCUUCUGGGCCUGAGACUCAGAUCAUCAGGCUGAGAACUCCUGGUCGUCCGACAAGAACUUUAAUAUCCAAACCGUCAACUACAGAUUUACUUCUUAUGUGUCAGCGUUUGACUCAAUUUUUAAAGAAGAAGAAGAUGGGGUACUUGGAGGACGAAAUGAUGUCCAACCUAUCAGAUUACGACUAUAAUGACUACUAUGACACUUAUGACUAUGAAGAAAUUGGACCUUGUUCUCACCAGAAAAACCACAGGGUUGAGCUGGUGGUCGGCCCGUACGUCCACUCCAUCAUCUGCAUCCUGGGCUUCGUGGGGAACAGCCUGGUGAUCGUCACGUACGCCUUCUACAAGAGGACCAAGUCCAUGACCGACGUCUACCUGCUCAAUGUCGCCAUCGCUGACCUGCUGUUCGUGGUGUCGCUGCCUCUCAUCGUCUACAAUGAGUUGUCGUCGUGGUCGAUGGGGCCGGUGGCCUGCAAGCUGCUGCGAGGCUCCUACAGCGUGAACCUGUACAGCGGCAUGCUGCUGCUCGCCUGCAUCAGCACCGACCGCUACAUCGCCAUCGUUCAUGCACACCGCAGCUUCAGACUGCGCUCGCUGCCGUACAGCCGCCUCAUCUGCACCAUCGUCUGGGCCACCGCCUUACUGCUGUCUGUCCCCACCUUCUACUUCUACAACUGGUACGAGCCGUCCCACACCAAGGACACCUUCAUGGACGAGGUGGAGGAGAUGAAUCAGACCUCCAAGCCUCCCCAGUACGUCUGCGAGUUCAAGUUCACGCACAACACCAUGGCCUGGAACACCAAGGUGGCCGUCCCCAGCGUCCAGGUGGCGGUGGGCUUCUUCCUGCCGCUGCUCAUCAUGGUCUUCUGCUACACCGCCGUCAUCGCCACCCUGCUGAGAGCCAGAAACUUCCCGCACAAGGCGGUGCGGGUGGUGCUGGCCGUGGUGGCGGUGUUCAUCGCUUGCCACCUGCCCUACAACAUCGCGCUGCUGUACGACACUGUCAACAUCUUCGAGGUGCAGUCGUGCAAUGCGUCAGAUGCCUUGCAUACAGCCAAGACGGUGACGCAGACCAUCGCCUACCUGCACUGCUGCCUGAACCCCGUGCUGUACGCCUUCAUCGUGAAGUUCAGGAACCACUUCAGGAGGAUCGCCCAGGACCUGUGGUGUCUGGGGAAGAGGUACAUCGCCCCACGCCGCUUCUCCAGGGUCACCUCCGAGAUGUACGUGUCCACUCGCCGCUCGGUGGACGGAUCGAGUGACAACGGCUCGUCCUUCACCAUGUGAGGACGCUCGGCGGGUUCAUCUGUGGAUCCGUCUGUUGUGGACCAGAAGAUUCCCUCCUGAAGCCAAAGCUCUCUGGAGCUGGGCUUGAGGCCCGCCGGUCUCUUGAAGUCCAAACCUGACUCAGGGCUGUAAAUCAUUUUGUAAUCAUGUGUUGCUUUAGGCUCUUGGUCACAAGAUAAAUCUGAGGGCUUUUAAGAUGAUAAGAAAUGAGACAAAAAAAAUCUGCUGCAACAUUUAUGUCCGUCUGUCUUUUCUUUAAUUUUUGCUUUUUUAUUGUGAAAUACUGCAGUUUUACCUCUUCAGGACUUAAAAAAUCUGUUUGAGAAGGAAACAUCAAUCUUUGGCUGAACUGCUCACAGCUUAGAGACACGAACUGUGACCAAACGUUGCUUUGCUUUUAAAAGAGUUGAUUAUCAUUGAAUCCACAUAAAUUGUUAACCAGCUGUUUUUCAAACUGAUCUGGAGGCUCAGCUGACCAAGAUUAGUUAGUACAGUGUAACUGUGCAACUCUGUGUCCUGGAAAUGAACCUGGUUUUGAAGGAAACCCACGUGCUGUCUGUGUUGUGUUUAUCGGCAACAUUGUAAGUAGUAGGUCAGAGGUCCGGGUGAGGAGGUUCAGGAGUUUGACAGCAGAGAUCACCACCUGGUGUCAGCUUGAGAUACUGAAACACUUUGGUUCAGUAUUAAAAGAGUCAAGAAGUCCUGUCUCGUGCUUCAAGUCAGCUGGGACUUUUUCAAUAUUGAACCAUCUUUCUUGAAGCUGAGAGACUCAACCAGAAAACGACAUCCAUCAUGAUUUACGAGCAGAUAUGGACCUUUUUCAUAGCAGACAUUUGACUUGUCAUAGCAGGAAAGACACAGGUGGAUACUAAUAUGUCAACUACUAUCACCUUCUGACUCUGGUGAGGGGGGGGGGGGUCCUAGCGCUCCUGGUCCUAGCUACCCUUAAGGCCCUGUCCAUGUUCUUAUUAGGGUGUUACGGUGGUUUUAGCAACCCGGAUGGGUUCAUAAAUUCUGCAAUUGAAAUGAACAUGUUGUCUCCGUCCUGUGAUAACCAUGUAUCUCCAAGAUGUCACUUAUUCAGUGGGUUUUAAAAUCGUUUAUUUAGCCUAAAAAGCAGGACAAUUUUGGUUUUCUCAACCCAUAAAGGAGCAAUUAAUCCUUCAGUUUUUAAUUAAAAUUCAAAAUCCCCCCAAAAUUUGGAGAUACAUGGUUUAGGUGGUGGAUACUGUAUGCUGGUUGCUGGUAUUUAAGUCUCAAUAUAUUUAGAGAUGUGACAACUUUUAGGGCAAUUAGGAAAAGGAUUCAGUAUUUCUUCAGUGUAUUUCUGGUAGUGUGGAGAGAGGUUUGAUAUAACCUUCAAAAUAAAAUGUAGAAAAUAUAUUUAAACAGAUAACUGAUACAAUAAAACAGGAAACAUUUAAAUAAUUAAAAUCAUUUUUAGAAGUUAUUUUUGGUUUCUGGCCAAAAUGUUCGGCUGGAUUCAGAAUUUUUCAAAAUCUUCAGCCGUGAACCGAAGAUGUUUUACUUUGUGUUCAGCUCUGAUCUGCUGUGACUCAGCAGCUUUGGUUUGAACUUAAUCAGCUCACAGAUUAGUAUCAGGAUUAAAAACUGGAACUCUUGCCUGCUGAGAGGUUUUUUCUUCUGUCUGUCAAGAGGUGAAGGAGACUGAAGUCAGUCAGUUUUGUAUUUAUAUUUUAAAAUGUCAGAUUGAACUCUGUAACCUCCAGCGACGACUCAAACUCCUUCACUUUAAACUGUUCAGAUUUUAUUUUCAACAUCUGCUCUUGGUUUUUUUUAAAGAGGACCUGUUAUGCUCAUUUCCAGCUCUAUAUUUUUAUUCUGGGUUUCCACUAGAGUCGCUUUGCAUGAUUCACAGUUUUAAAAAAAUCCUUAUUUAACCUAUACUGGCCCGUCACGCAGACCCUCAGUUCAUCCUGUCUGAAACAAGCCGUUUUAGCUCCUGUCUGUUUAAGGCCCCCCUCCCUAAAAGACCACUUUCUUCUGAUUGGCCAGUGGAUCGUAUUUUAUGGAGAAAAUAUUUUCUGGUUUUCCUCUGACGUUCUUCGGCUGCUCUGCCUCAACUCUCGGUGAUUUACGGAGUUUCCUGAUAGACAUAUAGCUUUAAAGUAGUCGCCAACUGCUGCUAACUGUAAAGUUAGCUCUGUUAGCCAUGCAGCUAGUGGUCCUUUCAGCUUAGCUGACUCCACCCGGACCGGGUAGGAGUGGUGUUGUUUACACCGCUAGCACAGGAGCUUUAGACCGCCGGGAGGAGGAGGUUUUCAGGCCGAGGCUCCGAGCUCCCAGUCCGGGCAGAGUCAGCUAGCUAAUAGCUGCAUGGCUAACAGAGCUAACGGUAGCUACUACAGUUCCAUCUUUCCAUCAAGAAACUUAACUAACUUUCCUUCACAACCAAAAAAGCACUUUCUGCGAGACAAACUGAACAACCUCCAAAAACUAGGCGAGUAGUCCUGAGCAGAGAAGUGUCGCGUAGCCACACCCACCUCCACACUUCACUUUAGCUUCAUGAGCAGAGCGGUCGAACAACUUAGACUGAGCGGGUGGAUGGCUGGGCGAGCUGUGCCUGGAGCAGAUCAGGAGCGCAAAUGAGCUUUAUUUUUUUUAUUUUUUUUUAAUUCUUUAUUGACAAAAGAAAUAUUCAAACAAAUAAGUGUACAGACAGAGACGUUUUAGACGUGUGAAAGAGCAUCGUUGAUACUGAUGAGCACAGAUGACCGAUCGCAGUGACAUCCGAGUUAGGCUGACGUCAGCUCGGCAGGAAAGUAGGAAAAAAUCAUUGGAAACCAAGUGUUCAGGACAACAUGAAGCCUGAGCUUUCUGCUCACAGGGAUUACUUUUACAUAUAUUUGCCUCAUUAUUUAAAUCUUUGGCCACGUUUAAUAUGAACCUCUGACAUUGUAACAUUACUGUAUAUAUAUGACAGAAAAUAAGGAAAAGCAUAAUAGGUCCCCUUUAAACUGUAUUUCCUGUUCCUGCAAUAUUUGAGUUGUUUAAUAUUUUAUAACUUUGAAUGUGCCAGUUGAAACUGAUGAAUGUAAUAUUACUGUUAAUGCCUACAGUAGAGAUAUAUCUCUACUGUGUUGUACUUUACAGAAUAAAUGUUUUAAUUCAA